CUGAAGGAGGAUUUGAUUGAAAAACCGACGGUGCAGCUGGCCGGGGCUCCCCCAAGGUUGAGGGGACUGGGAGUGGGCUGCAGGGAGGGCGGGACGGGCUGAGACUGGACGGGACCCCGGAUCUGGAGCAGCGGGUAAUAGAGCAGCGAGGAUGAGAAGGACGAUUUGGAGAUUGGUUUGAAGGAGGGACCAUCCCUCCGGCGCGGUAUGCAAUGUUAAUUCUGAGGCAUUGAUGUUCUACAAUGCCUGAUCAAGACAAAAAGGUGAAGAUCACGGAGAAAUCAACAGAUAAAAAACAGCAAGGAAUCGUUGCCAGGGACUAUACAGAUCUUAAAAGACUUCGGUGCCUUUUGAACGUUCAGUCAAGCAAACAACAGCUUCCAGCCAUUAACUUCGAUAGUGCCCAAAAUAGCAUGACAAAGUCUGAGCCCGCCAUCAAGGUGGGUGGAUACAGAGCUCGAGGUCAGUGGCAUGAAUCCACAGAAGCUGUUGAACUUGAAAAUUUUAGUAUAAACUACAAGAAUGAGAGAAAUUUCAGCAAACAUCCACAGCAUAAACUAUUUCAGGAGAUCUUUACAGCCUUGGUGAAAAAUAGACUCAUAUGCAGAGAGUGGGUUAAUCGAGCCCCAUCUAUUCAUUUUCUGAGAGUGUUAAUCUGUCUGAGGCUACUAAUGAGGGAUCCAUGUUACCAGGAAUUGCUCCAUAGCUUGGGUGGGAUUGGAGACCUAGCUCAGUACAUGGAGAUUGUGGCCAAUGAGUACCUUGGCUAUGGAGAAGAGCAGCACAGUGUGGACAAGCUGGUCAACAUGACAUAUAUUUUUCAAAAACUUGCUGCUGUCAAAGACCAAAGAGAAUGGGUCACUACCAGUGGAGCCCACAAGACAUUAGUAAAUUUACUUGGUGCCCGAGAUACAAAUGUUCUGUUGGGUUCCCUUCUGGCUCUGGCUAGUUUAGCAGAAAGUCCAGAAUGUAGGGAGAAGAUAAGUGAACUCAACAUCGUAGAAAAUCUGUUGAUGAUUUUACAUGAAUAUGACUUGCUUUCCAAAAGACUAACUGCAGAGUUGCUGCGCCUACUUUGUGCCGAACCCCAGGUGAAAGAGCAGGUGAAGCUCUAUGAGGGCAUUCCUGUCCUCCUCAGUCUGCUCCACUCUGACCACUUGAAGCUGCUCUGGAGUGUUGUCUGGAUUCUGGUCCAGGUUUGUGAGGACCCUGAGACCAGUGUGGAAAUUCGCAUUUGGGGAGGCAUCAAGCAGCUUCUUCAUAUUUUACGAGGGGACAGAAAUUUUGUUUCUGAUCGUUCUUCCAUUGGAAGCCUGUCUAGUGCAAAUGCUGCGGGGCGAAUCCAGCAGCUUCAAUUAUCAGAUGAUUUAAGCCCUCAGGAAAUACAAGAAAAUACUUUUUCUCUUCAAGCAGCCUGCUGCGCUGCCCUCACUGAACUGGUGCUCAAUGACACCAACGCACACCAGGUGGUUCAGGAAAAUGGUGUAUAUACAAUAGCAAAAUUAAUUUUACCGAAUAAACAAAAGAAUGCAGCAAAAACUAAUCUUUUACAGUGUUAUGCUUUCAGAGCCUUGAGGUUUCUCUUCAGUAUGGAAAGAAACAGACCACUCUUUAAAAGACUUUUCCCCACGGACUUAUUUGAGAUUUUCAUUGACAUAGGACAUUAUGUUCGUGAUAUCAGUGCUUAUGAAGAAUUAGUAUCAAAGCUGAAUUUAUUAGUGGAGGAUGAACUGAAGCAAAUUGCUGAAAACAUUGAAAGCAUUAAUCAGAACAAAGCUCCUUCGAAAUAUAUAGGCAACUAUGCGAUUUUGGAUCAUCUUGGAAGUGGAGCUUUUGGCUGUGUUUACAAGGUUAGAAAGCGAAGCGGUCAAAAUCUUUUAGCAAUGAAAGAAGUCAAUUUGCAUAACCCAGCAUUUGGAAAGGAUAAAAAAGAUCGAGACAGCAGUGUAAAGAAUAUUGUUUCUGAAUUAACAAUAAUUAAAGAGCAGCUUUAUCAUCCCAAUGUUGUACGCUAUUACAAAACAUUUCUGGAAAAUGAUAGACUGUACAUAGUUAUGGAGCUUAUAGAAGGAGCCCCACUUGGAGAGCAUUUCAGUUCUUUGAAGGAAAAACACCACCAUUUUACUGAAGAAAGACUAUGGAAAAUAUUUAUACAGCUGUGUUUAGCUCUUCGAUACUUACACAAAGAGAAGAGGAUUGUCCACAGAGAUCUGACACCAAACAACAUUAUGUUGGGGGAUAAGGACAAAGUAACCGUUACUGACUUUGGCCUGGCAAAGCAAAAACAAGAAAACAGUAAACUCACAUCUGUUGUUGGAACAAUCCUGUAUUCUUGCCCUGAGGUACUGAAGAGUGAGCCCUAUGGGGAGAAGGCUGACGUCUGGGCAGCAGGUUGCAUCCUUUAUCAGAUGGCAACUCUGAAUCCUCCCUUCUAUAGCACCAACAUGCUGUCUUUGGCCACAAAAAUAGUGGAAGCCGUCUAUGAACCAGUGCCAGAAGGUAUCUACUCUGAAAAAGUGACAGACACCAUUGGCAGGUGCCUCACUCCUGAUGCAGAAGCUCGUCCAGAUAUCGUAGAAGUCAGUUCAAUGAUAUCAGAUGUUAUGAUGAAAUAUUUAGAUGACUUAUCUACAUCCCAACUCGCCUUGGAGAAGAAGCUGGAACGGGAACGGAGGCGCACACAAAGGUAUUUCAUGGAAGCCAACCGGAAUGCUGUCACAUGUCAUCACGAGCUGGCUCUGCUAUCUCACGAAACCUUUGAGAAAGCAAGCUUGAGUAGCAGCAGCAGUGGAGCAGCCAGCCUAAAAAGUGAACUUUCAGAAAGUGCGGACCUGCCCCCUGAGGGCUUCCAGGCCCCCUGUGGUAAGGAUGAAGACAGGACCUGUGAUGAAAUCCUGUCUGAUGAUAACUUCAACCUGGAAAAUAUUGAGAAAGAUGUAUAUUCAGAGCUGGAUGAUGAAUUGGACAUUUCGGAUAACUCCAGCAGCUCCAGUUCCAGCCCUCUGAAAGAAUCUACCUUCAGCAUUUUAAAGAGAAGUUUUAGUGCUUCAGGAGGAGAAAGACAAUCCCAAACAAGAGACUUUCCUGGUGGAGUAGGAUCAAGACCAAGACCAGCUUUGCUGCCUCUUGACCUGCUUCUGAAAGUGCCACCCCUCAUGCUCAGGGCCCACGUAAAGGAAGUAGAGACCGAGUUAGUGACAGGGUGGCAGUCCCACAGCCUUCCUGCUGUGAUUCUUCGAAAUCUCAAAGAUCAUGGGCCACAGAUGGGCACAUUCUUGUGGCAAGCAUCUGCAGGAAUUGCUGUGUCCCAGAGGAAAGUACGUCAGAUCAGUGAUCCUAUUCAGCAGAUACUAAUUCAGCUGCACAAAAUCAUCUACAUCACACAGCUUCCUCCAGCUCUGCACCACAAUUUGAAAAGAAGGAUAAUAGAGAGAUUCAAGAAAUCCCUCUUCAGCCAUCAGAGUAACCCUUGUAAUUUGAAAUCUGAAAUUAAAAAGUUAUCUCAGGGAUCUCCAGAACCAAUCGAGCCCAACUUUUUUACAGCAGAUUACCAUUUAUUACAUCACUCAUCAGGUGGAAACAGCCUGUUCCCAAAUGACCUGACAGGUCUACCCACCAGCUUUGAUUUGGAGGAGGGAAUAACAUAUGAACAGAUGCAGACUGUGAUUGAAGAAGUCCUAGAGGAAAGUGGCUAUUACAAUUUUAUAUCUAAAAGGUAUCAUUCCUACCCUUGGGGGACCAAGAAUCACCCAACCAAAAGAUGAAAAUGCUGCGUUUUGAAUGGACUUGGUUUUCCUGUGAAGUUCAAGUUCUAGGCUUCAGCCACUACUGCGAGAUGUCCCAUGAAUGGGUGCUGCUAGAAGGGUUUGGAAGAGAAAAGAUCAAGAUGCCACAGGGCCCACAGAGUCUCCUUCUGGAGGUUCUGUGCUGAAGGAUGUGGCAGCUGCAGGGUUUGGCAGUGCCAUCGCCAGGACACAUUAUAUGUAGGAUGACAGGGCUGUCAAUGUGUUCCUGGAAGAAAAUGCUGCAAAAUUCAUCUGGGGGGCAGGGAGGGUGGAUCCCCACUCUUAUAGACUUAACUCCAAGUUUAAAAGAAAAAAAAACUUCAUAUUUUUCAAAGAAACAUUUUGUACUCAAAAUUGCUGAAACUAGGUUUAAAGGCACCUAGUCUUCCAUGUAUAAAAAAUAGUUUUAGAUAAAGAAAAUGAUAGGAUCCAGAAUUAUAUAUUGGGUGAUUCACUGUAUCCCCUAUUUUUUACCUUUAAAGAAAUUCAAAAUAUGUGAUUGGAUUUUUUUUCAUGAAAGGAUUGGUUCUCCCUUAACCAUUUGGGUGCUAGUGAUCUUGAACUGAUACAGUAAAGACAGUAUUUGUAACCUUGCACAGUCUCUGGAAAUAACUGUCAGAUUACCAGAUUUAAGUUAGACUAAUAGAAUAUAUUGAUGUACAUUGUGUGUAUAUGUACGUAUAUAUGGGAGGAAGGAGAGAGGUUUUGAUUAGACCAUUGCUUUGCUGCUAACCAAACUUGUAGUGUUUUUAGAGCACUUUGAGCAGUUCAUAGAAUCUAUGAAAAAGAUGCAAUAUUCCUCAUCCAAAGUCCCUCCUCACUAAAAUUACCUGCAUUGUUUAUAAGUUUUAAUUGUUUUGGAAUUUGCAAUGAAAAUGCUAUAUAGGAAAAUAUAAAUUCUGUUUUUACUUAUUUAGACAGAUCAAAGAAAGGGAAAUCGGAAUGCCAAAUAAUGUCCCAUCCCUUUGCAGGGAUAAUUUGUGAUGAAAGUUUACUAGAUUCUUACGGGGCUUAACUCCUUCUCUUCAACUGGCUUCUGAUAACUCUGGUGUAAUGUCAAGAAAUGUCCUCAUUGCCAAAUCAGGCACUACUUCUAACUACUUGAAGAACAACUAUUCUACAUAAUUAGCAAUCUGAAAGCUGAAAUUAUGCUUUUUAUUUAUUUCUCACUGAGUUCUGUUAUUUUUAUUUACAUUAGUAUUUUUUUCACAUGAUUGAAUUUAGUUCAAUAUAUUUACAAUGGUUGAAACACAUUAAUUUUCUAUAUACUAUGAACAUCUCUGAGAGUCUAAACUAUUCUUAGAAUUGGUGGUUUAAUAAUUAAGUGAUAUUGAAAUUCCCUUUAAUCAUGCACUAAUGCUUUUGAAGAUUGCCAAUGAACCUUUCUUUCUCUUUAAGCCAAAUUAACAAUCACUGCAUAGACUGUAAUUUAAUAGAUGGAAGUACAGUAAAGAAAAAUUUCAGUUCACUUUUCAAACCAGUUCUUCAUAUAUGUGAAAUUCAUAAGCAAAAUCAAAUGCUACAUAUUGUUUAUUUACCCAGGUGCAAUUUUAUUUCUCUUCCAACUUAAUUUGAACCUGCACCUUCAUUCUUUUUAUCGCUUAAAGUAUGAAAGGGGGAGAUUUCCUCACUCUACCUGAAGCACAGUGCUAGAGGGGCACAAAUUCUAAGUAUGUUAGAAGCCCAUACCCAGAAAUAAACUGAGUUUUAUCAUGGGAGGUUGAACAAACAAAUUUUCUCAAAUGGUAAUAUAUAGUAAACAGAGUUUAAAAAAGAAUAGUAUUCAGAAGUCACACCUUGGUAAGAAAAGAGAAACAGUUUAUAUGAUGGUGUUAAGUGCUUACAGUUGACCUUAUUGACCAGCAAAGAAGCAAAAUAUUUCUAUCUAGCUCUUUUAGGCCAUAGAAAUGGCAUUUACUUAUGCUAGAAGCCAGUAAAAGUUAACAAAAAUAUGCAAACGUGUCUUUUUCAACAGCAACUUUAGACCCAUCAAAUCUUUGCUGAUAUAUGUAUUGUUUUGAUUAAUUAAUGACUAUGCUCUAUUUGAAUUCUUCCUAAAACUACCAAAUCCUUUCUUCCUACAUUUGACCACAUUUCUGAGAGAAAGUUAGGCACUAGCAAGGGCACCAUUUUAUCCAUGGAACAUUGGAGUUAAUUUUUCAAAAGCCCUGGCUUUCCAACUUUCAAACAAGGGGUACCUCCCCACUUAAUAAAACAAGAAUGAUCAUUUUGUUUUCAUUCUCCAAACUAUCUUUAGUACAAAGAAGUUGGUACUUGAGCUUAAUAGGCUUCAUAUCCUAUUCUUGAUUGCACUUAAAAUUUUUUAUUUCUCUUGUAUAAUUUUUCAUGAUUUGUUGUGUGAUGAAAUCCCUGCGAAUUCAUUGAAUUCAUCUAAUAUGCUCAGUGACUGAAUAUUUGUAUGGAAUGGAAUAUAAAUCAAUCUUUUCAGAUCACUUUUGGAACACAAAUGCUUCAGUUAAUUAUGUUUUGAUCCAUGAGCUCUAUCUGAAUAUGUGUGCUUGAAACCUUAAUUUGCAUUUGAAAAGGGAAAUGUUCCAUUCUCAGGGAUGUGACUACAGCAGGAACCAUUCCUUGUUUGUUAUCUUUGUCAACCUUCAAGGAAUAGUAUCAUGGCCAUUUGGGUCCACAGCUUUUGAAUUAAUUUCAGAAACCUAGAGAAAUGCUGCUUAAGUUUAAUAUAAACAGUUAGCGGCAUUAGGCACUCAAAUGUUUUGGCAUUUGGCUUUAGGAUGCCAGACAGAGUCCGUUAUGGCAUUCUAAAACAGAACAUAAUUAAGAAACCGAGUUCUGAAAUUCAGUCAGAUGACAUAAUUGAGUGGAAAGUAAGGUCUUCAUAUAGCUGUCAUCUGUGACUUGUUAAAAACAAAUACAGGACUAGUUGAUUGUGUGCAAUAUUAAUCACCACUCAUUGAAGACAUUGUGAAGGCUAUAAUAUUUGUUAGUCAAGUCUAUCAGUAUUAACAGGCAUAGAGCUCACAUUCUUGUUUUUGAUUUGCUGAAUUGCAAAAUGUGUUUAUUGCUAUUUCCUUUUUUUUGGAAUGGUGAGGAACCAUGCACAGUAAAUAUACUGGGUUCCUUUAGAAAUGGCUUCAGCUUCCGUCGGAAGGUAGGAAAAACUUUUUAAGGCACUUCUGUGUUUGCCUUUUACUUAUUUUAUGGUGGUAUUCAUGAGCACUGAAAAGAACUGGAGAGAGGAACAGAGGAAUCUGGCUGAGAGGCUUUCCAGCACCCUGGAGAUACAGCUCAGAAGGACUCCUAAGCAAGGGAAGUUUAAUGCUUCCAUAUAUUGACAUUGACGCCUUGGGUGAAAUUCUGUCCAAACAUGAAAUUCUACAUGUUCAACAGCUCAGGGUGAUAACAUUAAUUAUUCUUAGGUGAAAAUUGACAUACUUUUGGAUGGAUUAUUUUUUCAAUUGAAAUGAGCUGCUAACAGUAUGCUUACUCUUGGAUGCUGUUUUUUUUCUUACUGAUAGACACAAAUGUCUCAGGGAAAUGACUUUGUGAUAAAGGAAUUCUUAUGUGUGUCAUUACAGUAAAUUGCUUAUUGUAAAUAUGACUGUUAUGGUUGAUUAUAGUCCUGCUAUGAUGUUGUUUUGAAAUUUGCAAGAGGGACAAAAAAGCUUUUAUGAUUUUGAUGGAGUGAGUGAUGAAUAUUGCCAAUUUACAUGUUCUCUGAAUCCAUGGGCAAUAGUUGUUUGUAAAAAUGAAGAUUACUUGUCCAUGCAAAGCUGGGGAAGCAAAAAGAAACAAGAAAAAGAAAGAAAAGACAAAAAAAAAAAAAUCACAUACCUGAAAGUCACAGCUGCAUUCUUGAUGUGAAGAAUGUGAGAUGUUUUUACUACAUAUUUGCAGCAAUUGAUCAAUAAUAUGAAAAUUUAAAAAUACAGUUCAUUGCUUUAUCCUAAAAGUAAAUGAACUCUAUUCUUAAUUGAAAAUGGAAUGUCUUUUUCCCUAAAUGUGAGAAGCUGCCUUUUUGUACUGUGAAGUUUUGCACUAUACCCAGCUGCUGUAUUUAGAGAUAACAGAAGUGUGUUAUGGCAAACAUGUGACUAUUCAAAUUCUGUCAUUUGAGAGUAGCUUAACUUUGUAUCUUCAGAACCAGGAUAGAUUUUAUGGAGAAUUAUCUCUGUCAUUUUGAGUCCAGAAGAAUGCUUAGAAUUAAUAUGGUGAGGUCACAAAUGAAAAAUUAGCUGCAGUUUUUGCAAACAUAUAAUGAACUGGUCUCAUAAAAUAAGGAGAGAGGUUUGUGCCAGAAAUAACAAACCAAGAACAAAUGGUGUCAGGCCUGAACACCUUAACUCAGACUGUGAAGGUGACAUAAAAUGACAUUCUUAAACAUGAUUUAGUUCUACAUUUCAAGUGCCAUUUGAGUCAGGAUUCUGAAAACAACGUAAAACUGUAAAUGGCUAUUAAAUUUUAGCUAAAACCUUUGUGCUCCGUGUUCUUUGUGUUUACCUCAAGUUUUAGUGAGUUUGGGGGGAAGUGGAGCUGGUUUAGGGAUACCUCACAUCACCAAGGAACACAUGAAAUAUUUGUAUAAACCUAAUUUUACUUUGAGGGUGGUGACUAAAUACAGGUACUUAGAAGGGAAAUCCUGAGUUGUUAAAAAUGAAAGAUCUUUCAAGGAGGUUGGACAAUCCCCAAAUAAAAAUUGCUCUGAGAGGGGGGAGAGCAAGAGGAAGGCAAGUGGUUCCCCAGGGCCUGGGUUGUCCGACAGGCCCUUCUAUGGGUGGUGAGCAACUAGCAAGCCGUAGCUCCGGAAACUUCAGUGACCACUGUGGCUGAGUCUCCUGGAAGCGGCUGACCAGAUCUUCCCCCAGCAUGCAGUUAUUGUUGGGCUGUUGGCUGGGCACUGUCACCAGCAAGUUGACCACCCAGAUCAUUAGCAGAAGAUCUCAAACACUUCCCUGUAACCUAUUGGUGGAAUCUGUGGGACAAGACCCUUAGGAGGCAUUCCAAAGACAUUAGACUCCCCAAAGAAGUAGUUUUUUUCUGCCAGUACAUGAGUGUGAGGCCAUGUUUUCUUUUCCAUCUUUUUUUCCAUGGCCUUGGGCCCAUUUCAUCUGACAAUGAAAACUCUACAAGAAAUAUACGUGGAACAUAAGUGAAUAAAUGCAAACUUGAGAAUCUUAGUAUUAGCUGGAUUAGAAAACGAACAUUGCAAAGUAUUUUAGUUUUUUUGCCAGUAAAUCAGGCUGUGGAAAUAUUGCAUCAUUUUAUUCUUGUGAACUGAGAAACAAAAAUGACAUAAAAGGAAAUCUUUUGAGUGCAUUUUGCUUACAUUUAGGAGAUCAAAACUGAAUUAUAGUGUUUCCUGUAUUCCUUUGUGCCCAGUGAUAAGUUUGUGAGGAUCAAAAAGAACAGAACUAUCUUCAGAAAGGAAGAGAAUUCCCUAAUCUUAUGUUGCCCAGAGCUUCUAUUUUCUGGACAGCCCAGGAUCCAAAACAAGAGCCUGGGCCUAGAGAAUAAAAAAAAAAUGCCCUCAAUAAGCUUUUUUCCAUAUAGUCGCAAAUACAGUAUCUUUUUUGGUUCCUGCACCUCCCACCCAGGUCUCUCCCUUGUUCUGCAGUGUCGCCCAUACCCAUUUACUCAAGGAACAAACUGUUAAAAAAAAAUUCCUGCCUGGAGCUGUGUUUUAUUAGAAGGAAUGUUUCAUGGUUCUGUAAUGGCGUGUGAUAUGGAAGCCACGGGGAAGUCACUCUCUGCACAUGAUGUCUGCCCUUUGACACCUCGGGAACACUUCCUGCAUGAGCACUCCUGGACUAUGAGAGGACCGUGAAGUGGGAGGCCCCAAAGAGAAGAUAAAGAAAUGCCUCGCUAAGAGAUUUAUAUAAAAGACCCAAGCAGAUUUUUGUGUUUGCUGUUGAUUGACUAUGCUCUGUAAAAUGCUAAAGAGAAUUAAAGUAUUUUCAAUUUUAUUGGGAAAUAAUUUCUUUUUUGUCAAGAAUUUACAGCAAAUGAACAUCUCUUUUCUCUCACCAGAGUCCCCUAUUUCUCUCUUAUGCUUUUA